AUGAGACUUCUGGGAACGCUCCUUUUAUUCCUGGGAGCAGCACAUGCUGCAUCUCAACCUGCGGACAUCAUCACCACCAUCAAAAGUUUCGAAGAAGAUGCUAUUAAGCUGCACAAAUCUGCGAGAGAGGUGAACUGCGAGACAUCACGGCUGUUCGUGAUCAAGAAGGGCCCUCUAUACGAAUGCAUCAAGGGACUCGAGGCGGCAGUGGAGAAAGGCAAGGCGGUUGGCUCGUCUCUUGAAGGAACGGAACCCUAUGGUCCAAACAAGCAAGCGCACGAGACGCACAAGGCAUACGUCAACUUCUCACGUUCGCACAUCCGCCUUUUCGACCUCCUGUCCGAGGGUGCAGACACUUUCAACAUAUCAGCCAAUGGCCACGAAGACCGAUCCCAUGCACAGCCAAAGAUAGGCAAGCCAACGUACGACGUGCUCCGAAAGGUCCAAGAGACCAUUGACGACCUAUCGGCAUUCUUGAUCAACACUGUUGAUGUCGCACCGUACGACUUUGACCGCUUUGUUGGUACUCUGAACCACUCGUUGAAUACUUGCAUUGGCAAGUGGAAGCAUGUGUGUGGGAAAAAGUGCUCUUGA